GCGGCUCCGUUCGACCUGUACCGGUGGGCGCGCAUGCGCGAGGCGAGCGAGACCGAGGCGACGAAGCACCAGUUCCGCAACACGUCGCUAGACUACAUAGCCUUCUGGCACGGCAGGUACGUGUAUCUCGGGCGUUUCUUCGCGUCGAACGAGCUUAAAGUGUUGAUAGCGUACAUCCUCCUUACCUACGAAUUCAAGCUUGCGAGGGGCGCGACAGUGCGCCUGGAGAACCUCUUUUUGGACGAGAACGUAAUUCCCAAUCCGGCGAGACCAUGUUCUGGCGAGUGCAGAGUGAGGUAG